AUGCAGCUCACUGCGUUUGGGAAGGCCCUUUAUGAUUUGACCCAUUCAGAGAGGGUGAUGGAUGAUCUGACAUCUGGACGGCGGGUGGGCCUUUACAAGCUGAGAGGAGAGAUCGGCUCUGGAAACUUCUCCCAGGUUAGAUUGGGGAUACACGACCUGACCAAAGAAAGAGUUGCAGUAAAAAUCCUGGAUAAGGUCCGUCUGGGCAAGAGAUCACAAGCGCCUUUUGCCUCCGAAAUCUCUUGCAUGGAGAAGUUGGCUCACCCCAAUAUCGUCCGCCUGUAUGAGGUGGUGGAGACGUCCAAGAGGCUCUACCUGGUGAUGGAGUAUGCCAGCGGAGGAGAGCUGUUCUCCCGUAUCAGCACCAGGGGGCGCCUCUCAGACCUGGAGAGCAAGCUUGUGUUUUCUCAGGUCCUGUCUGCAGUCAAACAUAUGCAUGAUAAUAACAUCGUCCACAGGGACCUGAAGGCAGAGAACGUCUUCUACACAAACACCUACUGCAUUAAAGUGGGUGACUUUGGAUUCAGUAAGGUCUGCCCUCCCACCGAUGUCCUUCUCACAUUCUGUGGCUCUCCACCUUAUACAGCCCCUGAGCUGUUCAAAGAGAAAGGUUACAUCGGUCAAUAUGCAGAUAUGUGGGCGCUGGGUAUCUUGCUUUACUUCAUGGUGACUGCCACUAUGCCAUUCAAAGCUGCAAACACAGGCCGGCUCAGGCGUUGUAUCCUGCAGGGCUCCUAUGCCAUUCCACCCUAUGUACCCCAAUCAUGCAAGGAGAUCAUUGCGGGCCUCCUGAGGCCGGUUCCUGUGGAUCGCCUCACUGUGGAACAGAUCAUGGACAUCAAGUGGACGAGAGGUAUUGAAUACCCUGGGGUCUACCUAGCUUGUAGCCCCACACCCUACCACCUAGUGGAGCCUUCCCACAUCCUGACUGCAGAUGAACUGAAUGUGAAGGCAGCCCUGGAGGAUCUUGGCAUCACCAAGGUCCAUGUCCUCGACAGCAGCCUAGACUUGAAAUGCCCCAUCAAUGGGACUUACCGGAUUUUGCUGCACCGUAUCCAAAAGAGGAGGACUGAGGAGGCUGUGGGCUACAGCCAGACUUGCAUCAAAGGGUCCCAGAUGGGACUCACAUGGAGUGCAUGCUCCGAUGGCCGCUUAUACAAACGCGACUCUGUGGUCUGUAUCAUCAUGUAG